AUGCAUGUAGCAGCCAAGUAUCGCCAGGCCUCCCUGUACGUGGGUGACCUCCACCCGGACGUCACCGAGGACCUGCUGUUCAAGAAGUUCAGCACUGUGGGGCCCGUGCUGUCCAUCCACAUCUGCAGGGACCUGAUCACCCGCUGCUCUCUGGGCUAUGCCUACGUGAACUUUCUGCAGCUGGCAGAUGCCCAGAAGGCCCUGGACACCAUGAACUUUGACCCGAUAAAGGGUAAAUCCAUCCGUCUCAUGUGGUCUCAGCAUGACACCUGCUUGAGGAAAUAUGGAAUUGGGAACAUGUUCAUCAAGAAUCUGGACAAAUCCAUUGAUAACAAAACCCUUUAUGAACACUUUUCAUCUUUUGGGAAGAUCCUGUCCUCCAAGGUGAUGAGUGAUGAUCACGGCUCCAGGGGCUAUGCGUUCGUGCAUUUUCAGAACCAGAUUACCGCCGACAGGACCAUCCAGGAGAUGAAUGGGGCACUGCUUAAGGACUGUAGGCUGUUUGUUGGCAGAUUCAAAAGCCGCAAAGAUUGGGAAGCUGAGCUCCAGAACAAAGCCAGUGAGUUAACAAACGAAAAAAAAAACAACUUCAGAGAUGACAUGGAUGAUGAGAGACUGAGGGAAGUUUUCAGCAAAUAUGGAAAAACCCUGAGUGUUAAGGUGAUGACAGAUUCCAGUGGGAAAUCCAAAGGCUUUGGCUUUGUGAGUUUUGAUAGCCAUGAGGCUGCCAAAAAGGCUGCUGAAGAAAUCAAUGGAAAGGACAUAAAUGGACAACUGCUUUUUGUAGGCCGGGCACAAAAGAAAGCAGAGCGACAGGCUGAGUUAAAGCUAAUGUUUGAGCAGCUGAAACAGGAAAGAUUUCGGCGGUGCCGGGGGACAAAGCUCUAUAUUAAGAACCUGGAUGAGACCAUUGAUGAUGAAAAGCUACGGAGGGAAUUUUCUUCAUUUGGAUCAAUUAGCAGAGUCAAGGUAAUGCAGGAAGAAGGGCGAAGCAAAGGGUUUGGCCUGAUCUGCUUGUCCUCUCCUGAGAAGGCCACUAAAGCAAUGACUGAGAUGAAUGGCCGCAUCUUGGACUCCAAGCCGCUCAACAUCGCCCUGGUCCAGAGGCCGUAGGAGAGGAAAACUUAAUGUACCAGCCAGUGCUUGUAGCAGCUUGGGGGAUGUUAGUGAUCUCUGCCUGAAUCGUCCUCAGUAAAUUUCAAAUCCCAGCUGAUGGCUGCUUAGUUUAGUAAACAUUAUUAUCAAAGGUUUUGUAAACAAAGCUAUUUAUUUUUCUUUGGAGGAAAAAUAAGUGAAUCUUAGAACCUCGGUUAUUUUUAUAGAGGCACACCAUCUAAUUA